AAAAAAUGCACCUACUGACACUCGUACACCAAUGGUAAUAAUUAAGAUUCGUUUGGGCGUAUACCGAUUUCCAUAGAGAGAACACAUACUUGUCUAAGUGCAAAUCCGACACGUGGUUUCCUCAAACCCGUCAGCGACGGAACUCCUCAUCGUCAACUACCGAAAAAGGGGUCAAUUUAGGUUUGAGGCACUUCUCCUUUUCCAAUCCACAUGGACCCAAACCCAAAUCCUCUUCAUUUCUGACGCGGUUUUGUCCCUCUGCAACUCAAUCUAUCCCUUCCAAAGAGUUGCACCAAUCGAAAACCAACCCAAUCCAUGUCUAAAUCACCUCAAACGACAUUGUCUUUUUUGCUAUCGGCUUUUGUGUUGUUAUGCUUUCUAGGAUUAGGGUUUGGUUCAAUUUAUGCGGAAGCUUUGAAGUUGCCUUUUAGGGUUAAUGAUGUGCUUCCGGUCUUGCCACAUCAGAUAUCAUGGCCUGUACUGAACAAUUUUCAUGGUGCUGUUGAUUUGUUGCCGUAUUUCGUUGGAUCGGUGUCUCCCAAAAAUGGCUCUAUUCAGUGGAAAGGAGCUUGCUUUUACGAGAACGAGGCUCGCCUUGACUUCAUCCAAGGUGAUCGUGACCAACCUGACUUGGGAGGCGGCGUUCUCUAUCUCAAGACAUCUGCAGCGCACAGCUGGACCUGUAUGGAUUUGUAUGUUUUUGCAACACCUUAUCGUGUUACGUGGGAUUACUACUUUUCUGCACGAGAGCAUACUCUGAAGUUUAAGUCAUGGGAAGAGGCCGCAGAGCUGGAAUACGUGAAGCAACAUGGGGUUUCUGUAUUUCUCAUGCCAUCAGGAAUGCUUGGGACCUUGCAUUCUUUAAUGGAUGUCUUGCCUCUGUUCUCUAACACUGCAUGGGGUCAGAAUGCUAACUUAGCUUUUCUGAAGAAGCACAUGGGUGCCACAUUUGAGAAACGUCCUCAGCCCUGGCGUGAAAUCAUUAAUCCUGAUGAUGUUCAUUCUGGUGAUUUUCUGGCUGUGUCAAAGAUUCGUGGUCGUUGGGGUGGAUUUGAGACAUUGGAGAAAUGGGUGACUGGUGCAUUUGCUGGUCAUACAGCAGUUUGCUUGAAGGAUGAAAUGGGGAAUCUUUGGGUUGGUGAAUCAGGACAUGAGAAUGAAAAGGGUGAAGAGAUUAUAGCAGUCAUCCCAUGGGAUGAGUGGUGGGAUUUGUCUCUAAAGGAUAGUUCUAAUCCACAAAUAGCUUUGCUACCUUUACAUCCAGAUGUGCGUGCAAGGUUCAACAACACUGCAGCAUGGGAGUAUGCUCGGAGCAUGUCAGGCAAGCCAUAUGGUUAUCACAACAUGAUAUUUAGUUGGAUUGACACAAUAGCUGACAAUUACCCACCGCCUCUUGAUGCUCACUUGGUCAUUUCUGUCAUGUCUAUGUGGACUCGGGUGCAGCCUACUUAUGCUGCAAAUAUGUGGAAUGAAGCUCUAAAUAAACGGCUAGGGACUGAGGAUUUGGACCUGUAUGGAAUCCUGGCUGAGGUUGGAAGGCGUGGCAUAGCCUUUGAUGAAUUGCUAACUACACCAGAACAAGAUGAAUGGAUAUACAGUGAUGGGAAAUCAACAACAUGUGUUGCCUUCAUCCUUGCAAUGUAUAAGGAGGCUGGAGUAUUUGGUCCCAUUUCUAGCUCUAUUCAAGUAACUGAAUUUACUAUUCGGGAUGCAUACAUGCUUAAAAUUUUUGAGAACAACCAAACGCGUCUGCCUGCCUGGUGCAAGAAUAAGGAUGGGCUGCUCUCAUUCUGCCAAAUUCUUGGCGAGUAUCAGCUGGAAUUGCCUGGAUAUAACAGCGUAGAGCCAUAUGCCAAUAUGAAUGAAAACUGCCCAUCCUUACCUCCCAGUUAUGAUAGACCCGGGCGUUGUUAAUUUGAAAUCAACCUAUUUGUUAGUACUAAAAUACUGUCUUUCCUCCAAGUUUACAAUGUGUCCGUUCCUAAGCUGCCAAGAUGUAUUUCUAGAAAAACUAGUAAGAUAUGUGCUACAUAUUCUCUUUCCCACGUUACUGGAGAUUAUGCAGUGCUGUACAUAAAUGUUUUUCCAGUAAAGACAUUGCUUACAGAAUA